CAGUUCGUUUUUAGACAGCGUGGUGGUUGCUGUUUCGACUGUAUACACGAUUACAUCUGUUUUUCUUACGCUUUCAUUUCGUCGAAACACGAAAUUAUCGUAUUGUUAUCAAAUAUUUAUCGGGCUUCCAGCUGUACAGUAACGGACAGAUUUUUCGUUUCUUCAUAAAACGCAAAAUAUAUCGUGGGAUGACGUAAACUCGCUCCGAUAUCUACACGAAAUUAGAGUCGAAACGAGAAUGCGACGACAACGAGAAAUCGAAUACAUAAAAGAAGCCAGCUGUUCAAUGGAAUUGACGAUCGAACGAUCGGUCGAAUAAAACGGAGCAGUGGCGUCGCUUGCGAACGAACGAAAAGAGAAACGAACGAAAAAAUUCUUAAAGGCCGUGUUUUAAUCGGAUUGAGAAAGCUACGCAGACGCGUCGCAUCGAAAUUUUUCAGAGGAACGUGGUAUACGUACACAGUGCCGCCGUGUAUAUACAAAAAUCGCGAGUAGUUUUCCAAAAAUCGCGAGUAGUUUUCCUAUCGAUCCAGCCGGACAGUCGAUCCACUGGUGCGCGAUCAAAAAUGUGGCAUUCGUCGAGAAAGACACCGAUGGAGAAAAAUGUUCCAGAAAACGAAGAAAAGUGUGAGAAGCAGCACGACUCGGGUGACGCUGAUUCUGGUUUCCUAUCCGGAGGAAAUCUUCAAGUCAGUUCCGAGCUAAGCGAAGGUGAAUUAAUUGCCGCGACAACCGCACCCCAGGCUCCAGAACCAAUGAAAGUAGACAGCGGUGUAGAUCUCGGCCUGAGCGAAAGCUUGAGCCAGCUUACGCUGAAACAAGUUACAUUGAAUCCUCUCGCUAGUGGCAAAGUUCAAGCCGAACCGACUGUCGAAUUGAUUCCUGUCAGUUCCGACAAGCUCAAGCAAUACGAUGCUUCGAUAUUACAACACGAAUCGUAUCAAUCUACGGAGAAGCCGUUCAAUGAGGAACCUUGGCAGCUUUACUACACACAGGAUGAUGAUGGGGACACGCAGCUGCACAUAGCCAUAGUGCAAGGUUUCCUAGAGGCUGCGUUCAGUUUGAUAAGAAUGGCACCUCAUCCUUGCCUGUUGAACAUCUUGAACGACGAUGGUCAGUCACCCCUGCACCUGGCUGUGUUGACCAGGCAACCGAGAAUCGUAAGGCGGCUAAUUUUGGCAGGUGCAAAUCCGGCAUUGAGAAACUUCCGUGGUAAUACAGCCCUACACCUGGCAUGCGCCACCGGGGAUCUUACCUCGGCGAAAUCCCUAACCGACCCCUUGACGCCGCUCGAAAGAAAUUACCUGCUUUACGGAAAGAAAGUACCUGCGCUGCCGCAGAAUCUCGAACAACGGAAUUACGAUGGAGAAAUGUGCUUGCACAUAGCAGCCUCCUCAGGCCACGUGGAGUUGGUGCGCCUUCUGUUACGUCUUGGAGCAGACCUCGAAGCCAGAGAAGCUUUGGCGGGAAAGACGGCUCUUCAUCUGGCCGUGGAACGCGGUUGUCGAUCGGUAGUCGCGUUUCUUCUUCAAGAAUGCAGGCCUUGUUUGGACACGCGGACGUACGCUGGGAUCACUGCUUAUCAGAUAGCGUUGUGUUUCGAUGGCCAACUAGCCAGGGAACUAGUGAGGCUAGGAGCAACGCCGCAGCCGUUACCCGAGUCGGACUCCGAGAGCAGCGACGAGGACGAGAGCACGACGACGAAUUAUAUGCCAGCGAUCGCGAGACUCAGGCAGAAUGUGGUCGGCGUUAAAGUAUAAAACUCCAUCGAUCAACAUGCUGGACUAACGUUAUUUUUUAGUCGCUGCGUUUUAGUUGACCGUAGCAUAAUUAAAAAAUAUUAAGCCUCGGAUGGCAGAGCCGGAUCUUUGCUGACCCAACGUAUGACUUGGAAUUUAAAUUUAAUUUGAAGUUUCUUCAACGUAGGCUUCCUACAAUUAAAAGUAAGCGUAUAGGAAAAAGAAUCUCCUGUCAUUUGCUUUUAAUCUUGGGAUGACCUAGGGAGACCCUAGCACCUCUAGAUGUUUUAUAGGUCUGAGUUAUAAUUGAUCCGACAAACGUUGUUCGAGGAUAUCAACUGACUGUUCGGGAUAUCGCCGGAAAAAAUAACUAGAUAACUUUGCGUCGCGAUACGGGUUUCAAUAAAGAACACACGAUUCUAAUUGUAUCCACAACAGUACAAGUAUUACACACGUGUCGAACAUGUUAUUAUUCAUUUCGAAAGUAACUGGCACUUUGGCAAAAUCGAUGUCGAAGUGAUCCGACGAAAAUAUAAACAGGAGAACGAAGGACGAAACGGAAACAUUGUAACAAUCAGUUAAAUUUGUGCCUCUGUGAGGAGCAGCUACUUACUCGAUAACGAGGGAUACAAAGGAGACGAUGUUGAAUUUACGCUUAGAAGAGACCGCAGGAUCUCGUUUAUAUGUACAUAGAUAACGAAAGCAUCGAAUUUUUGUUCGAUUUCUAUCUCUGAAUGUAGUGAUACUGUGGUACGCUUGAAAGCGUCUUUAACUCCAGAGAGAAUAUAUUAAAAGCAAAAGAAAGAAAGAAACAAUAGUAAAAAAGAAUAGUACGUGAUGAAACGUAAUUUCGUUCUUCGGUUUAAGAUGUACAUACAUAUACAUAUAUAUAUAUAUUUAUAUUAGAUGCAUUAAGAGACCAAAAUAACACUUAAAUAGAAUAUUUAUGUAGAAAUAGUUUACUCGAAUACUACUCACAGAGUACUUCGGUGUUGUAUCUAACGCGAACGUUUAUAAAGUUUCCUCGUCGCCCCUUGAACCCCCACGAUUCUCUCUGUCUUACCGUGUUGUACAUAGUCAUAUUUUAUUAGCAACGCAAACGUGUCGUUUUUUUACGACAUCAGCUAUAAUAGAAAAUGAUACAAUUAACACGUUGUUACAUAACGUCUAUAAUUAUUUUUUUAGUAAUAAAAGGCCAUGGAAAAAUUGA